AGCAGCCGGGACAAUAGAGCAGGGAGAUGUCCUCCUCCGGCGGCCACCAGCACAGCCAGAGCCGGGCCAUCCCCACCAGGACGGUGCCCAUCAGCGAUGCCACGCAGCUACCUCAUGACUAUUGCACCACGCCCGGGGGGACCCUGUUUUCUACCACUCCUGGAGGUACCCGAAUCAUCUACGACCGUAAGUUUCUGUUAGAUCGCCGCAAUUCCCCCAUGGCUCAGACUCCACCAUGCCAUCUCCCAAAUAUUCCAGGAGUCACCAGUCCUGGUACCAUGGUCGAGGAUUCUAAAGUGGAAAUAAACAAUCUGAACAAUCAUGACAGGAAGACUGCAAUGGGGGAUGAUGCUCAGUUUGAGAUGGACAUCUGAUUACCCCAGAGCAUAACCAUGGAGAGGCAGCAAUUCCCUGAUACCUGUGCAUACUCGAUUCUGCUAAUCGGAUCAGUAAUUGAAAGGUGGCAGAGGCGGUGGUCGCAGCAGUCUCCAUCAGACUCCUCACUUCAUCUUCCAAGUGCCAAAGGAUAAGAAUCUAGCUCCCCAAUCCUGCUCCCUCCCCCACUUUUUAACUCCUAUCUCCCUGCUCUGUGACUGAAUGGAUGCCCUUGUCAGAUUAUACAGAGCUGAGGAACACUCCGAGUGGAACCUUGGCAUCUCGCACUUUAGAGGCACCCUGUCAACCCAUACACAAGUGAGAACGUACCUCCAUCACCAGUUGGAUAUUUAUUGCAAACAGCAAAGGGGCCAGGGACUGGUGGAUUUAUGCUAAGUGGAGGUGGCUUUUUCUGUGUUCCCCUCCCUUCAGCCUGAUCCCAGCUCACAAAGGGCUUAUGUUUGCGCAGCAAGUAACCAGUUGUAAUAUAGUGUCUCCAAUACUUUCGAUCACUCGCAUUUUAGAAACCGCAAGGAAUAGUGGGAGAACAGGUAAGAGUCUCUGCUCAGUCUGAGUUCGUUUUCCUCAGUGGGCAGAGCACUCACUUGAGUAACUCUGGGGGAACCUGGGUACUAGUCCCACUUGUCACCUUUCUCCAUGACUGUGUGCCCUGCAAUGUAACAUGUUCUCUCUUCUGGAGACGCAUAACCUUAAUUCAUUUGCUCUUGUACCUCCUUGGUUUCCAACCCUCUGACAAACUUCUUUUUGAUAAUACUUCUUAAUGUUAUGUGUAUUUAGAGGAAGCUGUCAGUUCAUUAUACUGCCGAUUCCUCUUCCUUUCUUUCCAUCCCAAAGGAAUGCCAUGCAAAACUUCUCACUUUCAGAAACUUAACCCUUUGUUCCCUGAGUACUUUGAAUGCUAAAUCAAAUGCUAAAUCAAAACUUUUUUUUUCCUAGGAUAUGGGGGAGGGGUAUCUUAUAUUAUCCUCAGGACUUCCUCCAUUUUUGCCCUUUUGCCCUUGUUAGUUUCUUCUGAUUUUUUUGCUGGUCUACACUGUAGACUGUUAUAUUGAAGGUACUGCAGUAAUGGUUAAUUUCCAAUAUCCCCCAUCUCUCUUGCAUUAGGGGGAGUGUUUUUCCCCACUAACAGUUGUAAUUAAUACACUUGUUAAAUGUUUAUCAUUUCAAUUUUAAGACUUCCCAUCAGAAGGGAAAAAGUGAAUGUCAAUAAGCACUCUGAGGAGCAGUGGGCCUGCUUCUCAUCUUAUACCAUCCUUCCAUUCAUAGUUCACUGUGCUCCUUUCAAUCACUGGCUCCAUUACUUUUCCUCCAAGAUCCUUUGUUGUUAACUUUUAUGUUCACUGCUGGGGUGUAUAUUGGCUGACUUGUAAAAUUGAACAUUUGCCUGUAUGGGUCAUUUUUUGGUUCCAUACUGUCCAGUUUUGCUCCUAUCCAUAUCUUGGCAAAGGGAUUAGGUGGACUAGUGUGGAUUUUGACAAGAGCAUGGUGCUUCUGGCCAAUUCCUGUCUAGCCUUGCCACUUGAAAGUUCUUAAUGGGUUUGAUUUAGUUGCUGAGGGCAUCGCUCAAACUGUAGCUGGACUUGUUUCCCAUUGCCCCACUUGCUGGGAGACUGUAUCUGACAUGUGAGUCAGAAAUUUACACAGCUCAGUUAUAAAUUGGAAAAGACCCUGUUUUCUCUUUUUGGUAUGCAAAAGGGACACUUUCCUGGUAAAAUACUUCUUUGGGGAAGGAAGGUUUCCUGAAAAAACUCAUUUUUUCCCUCUUCUCUUCAAAAUGUGAAUAACACAGGAACAAAAAUCCUUUGUAAUGUAUGAUCUCUCAGGAAUAGACUUUUUAGUGUAUCUGGGAAAUGCAGGGUCUCCUUAAAGCUUGGUGAUGGCCAGAAAUGUGACUAAAACUACACCUCUAUGUCCUGUAUUUAUCCUCUGGCAUUAUUCCACCUAUGUUUAGUAUGAAGGAUAGAAAGCUCAGUUGUACUUUGUGUCUCCCAGAUCCAAUUUGUUCAGUUCAGAUAUUUCUAAAGUACACUGCAAGUUCUGCCUCAUGUAGGAAACACUGACUUUUUUUAUUUUUCCAUCCCCAUUCUGCUUCAUGCAUUAUCACUAACAAUAGUUUCUGGAAUUUAGCAAACAGUUUUGCUGAUAAGGCAGAACAGAAUCCAGAUUUGCUCUGUAGUGCUGAUAAUAGUAAACACUUGGGUUUGUCAGUGAACUAAGCAGAGUUGAUUUGAGAGAAACAAGAAGAAGAAAUGAGCAGUGACAAGGUAUCGUUAGUCACUUUUCUCAUCAUAGUAAUACAUUUUGUUUUGUUCGUAACUUCUCAGCUUUUCAAAGCACUGCACAGGUGUUCAGCUAUUUGACUCUUUUAUUACAAGAAUUGUGCUGCUAAAAUCCUGUUGCAGCACUGAAAAUUUAUCCCUAAGUGUAUAGUGCAGCAAGAGCUUCCAUUAUGCAACAAUCCUCUUAGCUGUCAGCCGGAGAAAUCAUUCUGACUUUUGUUGACUUGAGAUGUUUUUUUUUUUUUUAAAUACCCAAGGGAAGAAACAAGCAUCCAGAGAGGAAAGAUCAUCUGGUGGUUGAGGCACUGGAGUAGGAUUAGGAAAAUCUGGGGUUUGUUUCAGGCACUUGAUUCACACAUUCCUGUGUGACCUUGAUCAAAUCACUUCGUGUCUCUGUGCUUUAGUUUCCCAUCUGGAAAAUAGGGAUAACAGCAUUUCCCCAUGGCGCAACCAUGACCCCUAGUUGUUGUGUUAUGAGAAGGAUUAAAUAACACUUCAUUACUUACUUUCUCCAGUGAAAGUGGACAAUGAAAAUAUUCAGGUACUUCUUAAGCACCACAACUGCAGGGUAACACUUAAAUCCAAUCUAAAUGCUCUGUUUGUUAAAACUGAAGGGACGAUGAUAAUAAAAUGUUCAGUUUUGUAAAUUCUUUAUUUUAUUAAACCUAAAUUUUGCACUUAAAUUUUUGUGUCCCAGACAUUACAGGUCAGAUCUUUCCCUGUAUUAGGGCAGCUUUAUCUCACCCCAUCAGUGCCCUUUUUAACCGGUUUUAGGCUGCUGCAGGAUUCUCUGCGCAUAGUGAGGUCCUUGGGUGGUGCAGAGCCAUCAUAGCAGUUCUUACACUCCCCCCGCUCCUUGCAUUCAGCACAGGGGACGAGGUUAAGGCAACCCUUGGCUAUUGAAUUGGCCCCUUGGCAGCUAAAACAAGUUAGAGCAGUUUAAGGGCUACUCUAACUUGUGCUUUGGGACUAGCUCGGAGAUUGGGGAAACAGCUUCCCCCAUACUUAAUAUGCCCAGCUUUAAUCCUUAUUUUUAACCAUUAAAACAUAGAGCCUGGAUGAGGCACUGGGUUAGUGCAGGAACCUGUUCACUUUUAGGGACCUGGGUUCAGAUUCUAUCUCUGACCAUAAAUAAAAAUGAAUCUAGCAGGUUUAUCCUAAUUCCUACUACUACACUUCAUAAAACCACAACCCUGUAGCUUGGUCUACACUAAGGGAAUUCCAACCACUUGUCACUUUGGCUGGAGCUGUCCUGUAGACCAGGCUCCAGGUGCCCUCAACCAUUUUUACUAAAUUAAUUUCACAACCUGCAGAAUGCACUUUUUUUUUUUUUUUUUUUUUCCCAAACAGUUCAGUGAACAGUUCAAACUCUCUGGGGCCUGGUCUACCCUAUGGUUCCAACUGGCUUCAGAAUUGGUUAGCUGAACUAGUUUUAAAACCAGUUACCCUUUUUGGGAAAACUUGCCCAGCAUAGACCAGACCAGUCUGGGAUGAGGGUGGUUGCUGCUCAGGGGAGAGACAGGAUGAAACUACUGAGGGGGGGAUAUCAGCAGAGCUGCCUGAAGGCAAACUAACAGUCUCACUCUGUGCCUGGCUUUAGCUAGAUAGGGCUCUUAGUCUCCCUUCCAUAAGUGUCAAGUUCUGACAUAUUUAAAAAAAAAAACAAACAAGAUGGAGAUGGAUGUACUGUUACGGCAUCCUUCCCACCAGUACUGCUGUGGGCACACAGGGUGGAUGGUGAUAGAAAAUGCUAUCAAAUGAUGUCUGCCUUGGUUUCAUUAGCCUUUUCCAUUGUGGCAUUGUUCCUCAGCAGCACCAUUCCUAGAGGAAGCCCUGCCCCUAAGCACUCCUUCCCUUGAGAAAAAUCACACAUUUCAAAACAAAACAAAAAAAACUUCUUCUCAAAUGACCCACUGUCCUAGCUGGCAUGACCAGUUUUCCCAUUAGCUUUGGUUUGGUCCUCCAUGCUGAUUUUUGUCUUGAGGGGGCUUAAAUACUGUGGUUUCAUUUUUAAAUGAAUUAAACUGAGCAAUAAGACAGGAAACUCAAAGAUGCAGUGUUGCUUGUUUAGACUUAAUUAGGUUUAAAUUCAUUUCUCCUCCCCUCCCCUUCCCACCGCAUAUUUUGCUCUGAGGAAGGCAUGCAGAGCCUUGAAAGAAGGAUCACAGCUUAUGUAAGAAGACAUAGAUUGAUUGAUGUAGAAUAAUAGUGACUUGUACUAUAUAGAAGGAAACCUGCAGUGAACCUACACAUCUGAGAAUGACCGUCAUUUCACCUUGAUUUUCCAUCUAACCAUUGUCAGUUUUUCCUGAUUUUGAGUUUUAUGCUUUUAAUGAAAGCCCAGGCUCCAGUCCUGCACAGCACCGAUCACUGUGCUGGUGUGAAACCCCACUGAAGUCAAUGGGGCUCUGCACAGGUGCUAGAGUCUGUGUUAACAGAACUGAUGCAGAAGUGGGGCUAUCUACAGCAUGGGAUGGGGAAGGGUUUCUCUAUGGGGGUUUUGUUUCCUAGAGGUAGGUUGAGGAGUGACAUUAAAUCCAAAACAAUCUGUUAAUCUUCUUGCAAAUAGUAUCAUGUCAGCUACUUUUGAUGAUGGUUUGUGUGCUGAAUUGACUACACUGAAAGCAGCAUUCCUCUCUGUGCCUGAGUAAAGGUCCGCUUCUGGAAAUACUUGCCAGCUGCUUUACAGUGCCAAGAGCUACAAGACAGUUACCAAUAAGCCUUUGUCACAAGUGUCCAGGGUGUACAAAGCUUUUAAAAAGCGGUGGUUUCCUUUUUAAGCUUUGGUAUCGGCAACUGAACGCCUUUGUGACAAUCCUAAUCCAUACUUCCAUUUUGAACUAACUCUGCUUAAUCAUCUUAUUGUUCAGCCUUUGUAUGCAGUAAUUCUCCUCUGGACCUUUGUGCCAGUCCUCUGAAACUGACCUUGGGGAGAGGAGGGAAGGAUAAAAUAGCUUCCAGUUACACCCUGCCCAGUGGGUGUCUAUUUUGCAAUGAGCAUUCUCCUCUCAUCUCUAGAUAUUAGGAGUCAAAUGUGGUUUAGUUUUCAAAUGAAAUGAGUUGUUGGUAUCAGCCCCAUGCCUGGUGGCUGUUUUGGGCUUCUGCACUAUGUAUGACUGGCCAGUAUGUGCUGGGAAGCAGCCAGAAGUGCUACUGGUCGCACAUUUAUUCUUCUUAUAAAUCAGGUGUAUUAGCAGAUGUGUGGGAAGCUUGCACAGCACUUUCCUGCAUUCUGCCUUAUGUGUGUCCGUCAUGUCUAUUGGCUGUUAAACAUCUCAUCAUUUCCACCACGAACAGAAAAUGUGCCAGGUGGCAUGGCGCAUAGCUCAUCUUUCCUUCUUCCCUCCCUAGCCGUCUGUGAACUGAAAAAAUCCCAAAUUUUUGGUACAUUGACCAUUUGCAUUCAGGUUCCAUCAUUUAGAGUCAGCAGCACUGGGCUUCUUUCCAUGCUGUUGAAAAGACAAAACGUAAUUCUUGCAUGUAGGUUCCUUCUGGUAUAGUACUUUAAGUUCACCAGUUUUGCCAUCAGAGGGCACUGUGAUCCUCUCUAGGCCACAAUCAUCUUGCACUUGGAAUUGACUCUACCCUUAAGGAAAACACAUUCCUCAUAAUUGUCUUUGUCUUGUUUAAUUUUUCCUGGUCUUUAUAUUCAUAUCUAGGAAACCUGUAAAUGACCCCAGAACACAUGGGCUUUUUGUUGACAUUCAGAAUCCAAUCACCAAGACACACAACAAAAUCCAGACAUCUGGUUGGGAAAGUGUUAACCACUCUUUCUUAGCUAAAGAAAGAGGUACUGCAUCUUUGUAGGGACAGUGCCAUUCUGCGUGUUUUUAAUUUAAUUUUUCGCUUGUAUUUCUGAACUAUUUACCUUGUAAAUUUUAACUGGUAACUUUCCCUCCCCUACCCCAAAAAUUUGAUGGUAGUCUUGUUGAUGUAAAUCAGCCUGGGGGGAAGGGAGGGGCUCCUGUCUGGGGAUUGCUGUUCAUCACCACUCUCCUUCCAUUGCACCUUCCCUUUUAGAGCUAACAUUUCUCUUCCACAACUCCUAGUGCUUGUUCUCUGUUAAUAAUACUGCCCUGGCUAAAUUUGAAAAAUGCCACUUUAUGACAAAUCAGUAUUUUUCCCAUGAUCUAAACUCAAAUUUAGUUUUGUAGUGGCACUCAUUUGGCAUCAAAGAUGCAGGGCUUGCCUCUUUUUUUGAUAACUGAUUUCUAUAUGGAUGUUUCACUCAGAGUGUUGCAGCAUCUAGUUUUCAGUGACCAUCUUCUGUUUGUUCUUUCCCCUAGUUGUCCAUCUAGGGGAAACAGUCCCUUCCUCUGAACUCAUGCUGGAGGUUUUGUAAUGCCUUUUGGUGAGGAGGGAGUGACGUAGUAUAUGUGGGGACUCUUGUAAAGCUCAACAGCACACCUCUCAAAUUGCCCCUUACUUCAGACUAAAUUCACCCCUUAUUCCACAUGAGCGUGGGGGGUGUUUUUUCUUUUGUUCUUGUAAAUUGAUCUAAGAAAUUCCAAAUCAUAAAAUUGAGAUUAUAGAAAGAAAUACUUAUUACACAACGUUAUUUUAAGAUGCUUGUCCUUUGCCUCUGUCAUUGUAACUUAGUCCCACAUACAACAUUUGGCAGGUUGAGAAGUAUGCUUUGAUAGUUAUCUGUCAACAUUGGUCAGCUAUUCGUUAAGUGAGAAAUCUCCACUGGGGGGUCAGGAGCAGAGUGUGCAAAUAUAAAUGUGUAGGUGGAUGUUCAUAACACACACAAAUAUAUAAAAAUAAAUAUAUUUUACUUAAAAUCCCAGGAAGCUUUUUUAGAUUCGUGAAGCAGCACGGGGAAGACUAACUUUGCUAAGUAUGAAGGUUAAACGCCAACAGUGGAUGUGUGAAACCUGAGUUCUUACAGCAUGACUCUUCCCACAAAACUGCUCUAAAAACCAAAAUCCAAGGAUAAUUUAAACCCAAAACAGGAGACAAGAGGAACAUACAGCAGGAGUGAGCUUUAACCACUUUUUUAAUCACACCAGGAGUGAAAAAAGGGCAGUGAGCUCCCUGGUCUUUGUUGACACUGGGAAUAAAGAGUGAUUUCCCCAUCCUGCUUCCAGUGUCCAUAUCUGCAUCACUGCGAGAUGGUGAUCCCAGUGCCUUUCUUCACCUCGGAUAGGAAAACUGUUUGCAUCAUUGUGAAACAGCUCUUAGCCGAGUCGUGAAGGUGUCUUUGGAGAGCAUAGAGGACAGUACCAAUCUUAUGACAAUUCAUGGGUGUCUGAGAUGUUUAUACACUCAUGGUUCUUAGAAAGCCUUUAUAAAUUUCAAAAAGUCCCAUUGCCAGUUCUUUUCUCCCUUUCCUACCCAAUCCCCUUUCAAUUUUAAACGUGAUUUUAGCUGAAAAGCAGAGACUGCCUGAAAAGUCAUCAGGCAACUUCUGUACAAUUGUUUUUUGCUGUCCUUGAAACAAACAGGUGUUUGGGGAAAAAAAGAUCUCACCAAUGGUUGCUGUUACGAGAUCAAUAAAGAUCUUGCUUAUAUUAAA